AUUGCAGCAAAGUCCUACAUAUAGUGGUAGAAGCCUCUAGGGUUUUGGGUGUGUGAUGGGCUGUAGUGACCCGCUCUUAAUGCCAAUCGAGGGUCUUGGCGGGCUUGUGAUUCCGCCGACAUGGCCAGCCCUUGUUGCCCCAUCGAGAUGGAGCCUCGCACCUUGAGGCAAGGCCAGCUCAACCAUGCCCGGGAAGUUGCCGCGGACGUAAUUCAAAAGAUGGAACCAAAUAAAGCCACGUCCAUAUUCACCGAGGAAUCAAAGCCAAUUGAACCCACAAAGGACACGCGGCGAUCAGCCGAGGACGGAGAGGAAGUCGACGGCGAGCUAAUCGAGCCACGAAAGCAGGGGGCGGAAUGUAUGGAGAAACCUUGCCAGUGCUCGUGCGCGUCGGCAUUGAGCGAAUCUCCGGACCAACUCAUGCUCAAGGAGCCUCUUUCAGCACCAUUCUGAUGCACCUGAACAGCCCUCCUUUCUUUCUGCUGCACUAGCCAUUUCUGUAACUUGAAUAAUGAGUGUCUUGUUUGUAUGUAAGGACGAUCUUGUUGGACAUGUUAUUGUUUCAGACGAUGCAAUUGACUGUGAUGCCCAUUUGGCUGUUGAAAAGAGCUUUAAUAAUAACUAUGUGGGUUCUUCACAUUGUGGAAGUUUCCCAUGGCAGAGAAAAUUUGCUGAGUAGAAGGGGAAAAAAGAAAUUAGAUUAUUUCAAUAAAGAUGAUUAUAAUUCGAGUUUA